GAGAGAGUCUCGGGGAUCCAAAAUCAAAUUCUGUCAGAUUGAUUUGGUUGUUUCGGUUCAAUCUGAAUUGUGAAAGCCGGGUCCAAAUUGUAUGGGUUGGCCCAAACCUGAAUUUAAGAAAGGGCCCAUCUACUUAGCUGGAAAGUGAAUCUGGCGGUUGCUUAAACAAAGACUUCAACUUUGACACUCAGAUUCCGGUUCUCGUUCGCCGCUACACUUGCUCCCGUUAACUCUUCUGCAAUUCUAGUAGCAGCAACUCUGCAGGGAACAUGGGUUUAUGGACAUUACUGGAGGGCUGUCUUCUUCUUACAAAUGCCCUAGCAAUAUUAAAUGAGGACCGGUUCCUUGCACCAAGAGGUUGGAGCUUCUCUGAGCUAUCGGGAGGUCGAACAAAGUCUUUCAAGGGGCAGAUUAUGGGGCUUAUUUAUGCAACCCAGUACAUGAGAGUUCCUCUUAUUAUACUGAAUGUCAUUUGCAUUGUUGUAAAGCUAGUGGCUGGAUGAUGCCACUAAGGCGGGAUUCAUUUAGUUGCUCCUGACUAAUAGGACUCAGCAAAAUGAAUAUUCUUUCGAGUGAUUUAUCUAGACUGCAGUUGCUCCUGACUAAUAGGAGUCAUUUAGUUGCUCCUGACUAAUAGGAGUCAGCAGGCAGAAGCACAGAAAAUUCACGAAAGACUGCAGUUGAAAAUCUCUGUUGUGUGAUUUAUCUAAUUUAAGGUUGUAUCCCCUAGCAUUAAAAGCAUGAUCAGUUUUGCAGAUGAGAAUAUCAUAUUUGGGAAAAAAUUUUAUAACAUGGUGUUUGUUUUCUAUAGAAGUUCUUGAAAUCGAGCUUAUAUACGAC